CGGCAGAUUCAGGUGGUAAAUCCUGAUCCAGCCUCUGACUGUAACACGGCUCCGAGCCCUCUCUGCUCUCCCCUGUAGUGUAUUUUUCAACCCUUCUUCGGCUGCUUCCCUCCCCCUGUUCCGCCGCCAUUAAAGCCCGUCAACCUGGGAUUUGAUCGGCAAAAAGGAUUAAAAUGAUUUGAAGCGUCGGAACCAGCAAAACAGAGACGGGACUUUGGGGGGGUGGGGGGGGGAUAUUGUUCAUUGGACCUUACACGUACUGCCAGUUGAACGGCAACCUCCCACAGAAAGAAGUAAAUAUGCGGUUAGUGUCGUGCAAGUGAGAAAAUCCCUACUUCGGACCGGAGGAGAGGGGUUCUCUCCGUCCGGGAGGGGAAGCAGCAGGACACCGAGGAGUAUGAACACAGCAAAGCAGAGCGCACUGCUUGCUGUGUGACCUCCUUGAGAGCCGAGCUGCCAGUCCCACUGAACGGUUGGAAGCCUCCUCGGGCGGCGGCGCGACGAUGACAGAGCUGGUUGCCAAGUGGGCCUGUGAAUACUGCACAUACGAGAACUGGCCGUCAGCCAUCAAGUGCACCAUGUGCCGCGCUCAGAGGCCCAGCGGGGGUGCCAUCAUUACUGAGGAGCCCUUUAAGAGCAGCCCUGCCCUAGAUGCCAGUCUGCAUCAGUGGGACCCCGCAGACCUCAGCAACAGUCCGUCUCAGGGGGGCUCCAGCCUGCUUAUUUGUCCGGACUCCAGCGCGAGACCCCGCGUCCGCGUCGCAGACGUUCCGGAGACGAGUAGCAAGUGGUCGUGUCACAUGUGCACCUACCUGAACUGGCCUCGAGCCAUCCGCUGUACCCAGUGCUUGUGUCAGAGGCAACAGGCUCAACAACAACAACAACAGCAGCAGCUGCAGCUGCAGCAUGGUCACCAUGCAACUCGUCAAGGACAUCACACCCAGCAGCCACGAAGCCCCAUGGAGUCGCCGCAGACCUCGGGCUCCGGAUGCCGCCCCGCUGCCCCUGUCACCGCCACAGACCCCUGUGAGGAAUACAACGACCGCAACAGGCUCAACACCCACACGCAGCACUGGACCUGCACUGCAUGCACUUACGAAAACUGGGCCAAGGCACUCAAGUGCAUCGUGUGCGACCAUCCCCGGCCCAACAGCCUGCUUGCCGAACCCAUCGAGCUGGCGUCAGAGCCCGAGAGCCAGCAGCCGUCCUCCAAGCUCAACGAGCAGGACAGGGACAACAGGAGGGGUGUCGUCGGGCAGGGAACUGGGUGCGUGGUGGGGGGAGUGGUGGGCUGCAGCAGCAGCCAGAGGAGGUCUCCGCCAUCUGAAAAACGGGAGUCUGAGGUGAACAUGGACUUCCAGAGAAUCGAACUGGCGUCAGGAGCGGGGAUUGGGAGCAAAGAGGAGCUGGAAGUGGAUUUCAAAAAACUGAAGCAAAUUAAGAACAGGAUGAGAAGGACGGAUUGGCUCUUCCUGAACGCAUGUGUUGGUGUCGUGGAAGGUGACCUGGCAGCGGUGGAAGCUUACAAGACGUCCGGAGGGGACAUAGCGAGGCAGCUGACGUCAGACGAAGUGCGCCUCUUGAACAGACCCUCUGCUUUCGACGACGGCUUCACGCUGGUUCACCUGGCCAUCCGCUUCCAGAGGCAGGACAUGCUGGCAGUCCUGCUCACAGAGGUGUCCCAGCAGGCGGCCAAGUGCAUCCCGGCCAUGGUGUGUCCCGAACUGACGGAGCAGAUCCGCCGCGAGGUGGCGGCCUCUCUUCAUCAGCGGAAGGGCGACUUCACCUGCUACUUCCUCACUGACCUGGUCACCUUUACCCUGCCUGCAGAUAUUGAGGACUUGCCUCCUGCGGUUCAGGAGAAGCUCUUUGACGAGGUGCUGGACCGAGACGUCCAGAAAGAACUCGAAGAAGAGUCUCCCAUCAUCAACUGGUCUCUGGAGCUCGGGACGAGACUGGACAGCCGGCUCUAUGCACUCUGGAACCGCACAGCAGGGGACUGCCUCCUCGACUCGGUGCUGCAGGCCACGUGGGGCAUCUACGACAAGGACUCUGUGCUCCGCAAGACUCUUCACGACAGCUUGCACGACUGCUCACAUUGGUUUUACAGCCGCUGGAAGGAGUGGGAGUCGUGGUAUUCCCAGAGUUUCGGCUUGCACUUCUCCCUCCGAGAGGAGCAGUGGCAGGAGGACUGGGCCUUCAUCCUGUCGCUCGCCAGUCAGCCAGGAUCCAGCUUGGAGCAGACCCACAUUUUUGUUCUUGCACACAUACUUCGUAGGCCAAUCAUCGUCUACGGAGUGAAGUAUUAUAAAAGUUUCCGUGGCGAAACACUGGGCUACACUCGUUUUCAAGGUGUGUACUUGCCCCUUUUGUGGGAGCAGAGUUUCUGCUGGAAGAGCCCCAUCGCUCUGGGUUACACGCGAGGCCAUUUCUCAGCACUGGUCGCCAUGGAGAACGACGGCUUUGACAAUCGCGGCGCAGGCGCCAACCUCAACACGGACGAUGACGAGACGGUCACGUUCCUGCCCCUGGUCGACAGCGAGAGGAAGCUGCUUCACAUCCACUUCCUGUCGGCACAAGAAAUGGGAAACGAGGAGCAACAGGAGAAGCUCCUUCGAGAGUGGUUGGACUGCUGCGUGACAGAAGGCGGCGUUCUGGUGGCACUGCAGAAAAGCUCCCGCCGCCGCAACCACCCGCUCGUCACUCAGAUGGUGGAGAAGUGGCUGGACGGCUACAGGCAGAUCCGCCCCUGCGCCUCGCUGUCUGACGGCGAGGAGGAGGAGGACGACGAUGACGAGUGACAGAACUGAAGCGGAAGGAGGGACCGGGUCUGAAGGAGGCAGGACUCCUCCCGCCUCUCUAUUUAUUUUUCUUUUACCUUUCUUCUUUUUUUUUUUUUUCUUUUCUUCUGUUUGGUUUUAUUUUGAUUUCAAUUUUUUUUAAUUAUUCUGUUUUUCGACACGGACAAACUGUGAAAGCCUCCAGCAGAGGACAGGGAACCACAACCCUCUCUCUUCCUGUUCCACCCCCUCCCCUGUUUCAACCUUUCCCACCUCCAAAGCUACAGAAGACAUGGCUGCUCUUCUGGUACACACACAGCCACUCGGAUGUAAUUCUUACAGAAACACUUUGAAUUGCUUAAUCAAACCAACUCCAGACUGACAAAGAUGUACAGAGUAGAGGUUCAGGAAUGCAGAAGACCCUUUGUUUCAACUGUAACAGAAAAAAAAAAAACCCUAAUCUUUAUCCAUAGAUGUAAAUGCAUGUGGUUGUUCAAAAAAAAAAAAAAAAAAGUAAAGGAAAUAUACCAGCAUUUAUUUAAGGUAACACUUUAUAACUAUUCAGCGUGGGCACUGACAAAAGCACACUUCCAACCUGAUCUUUUCAAUGUGUUGUACAGGAGUUUGGCUUGUUAAGCUUUUUUUUUUUUCUGUAUGUGUUUGAACUGACAAGGACAAAGCCAAUAAAUAUGAUCUUCAGAAAACCAGAGAUUAUAUCAUAAUAAACGACUUAUUAUAUAUCCUUAUUAUUAGCAAUGCACCUUUAUGGAAACAUUUCUAAUUAAUUAUCAUUGCUUGAAAUAAGAUAUUUUAUGAAGGGAGAUUUGCCCUCUAAGGUUUAGCACAUUAACAUAGCAUGUUUGGAUAUUUAGUUUACUUUUUACAGACUGAUUGAACUGAGAAAUUGUGUGUGUGUGCGUGUGUGUGUGGGUUUGAAUUUAUUCUACAUAUUUAUUGUUUGGAAACUUUUUUGAGCUAAUAAGAGCUUUAUGUAUAUUUUUCUCCAAUUUUAUUUUAUUUUAUUUUAUUUUCUUCUGGUGAAUUUUGUUAAUGAUUCUCAAUCUCGAUGAAGACACUUUUGCACAGAAACACUGUUGCUGUAAAGGAGAUAACCAAUCUUGACAGUGGGAAGUUUACUGACAUCGUUGCAUGGGAUUUAGUACCUCAUCUGAAUGCUUAAAUUCUGGUGCUUUUCGUUUGCGUCGUUUCCUGGACAGAUGAGACGCGUUCAGUGUUAUAACUCUCUCUCUCUCUCUCGUUUCCGUUUGUUCCUUUCAACGAUUGGUUGUCCAGCUCACACAUGAUGGUACACAUCAGUUCACCUUCUCUGUAAAGUCUGCUUGUCGACCCCACCCCGUCCAUGCCAUUUGUUGUGAGAGAUUGCAACAUCUACAACCAAAGCUGACAUAAAAGAAGAAGAUAAAAAUAAGUUGUUAAUCCGUUAAUUUUUUUUUUUUUUUGCUGUGAAUGUUCGCAUUGCUUUUUUUUUUUUUUUUUUCCCCCUCCCUCUUGCCAUUGCGUACUGUAACCUCCUUCGUGUUUCAUUCAUGUCAUACAUGUUUUGAACAUCACCUAUGUGUUGCUUUGUAUUUAUACAAUAGUUGAAGUUGUAACUAUGACGGUUUGUGGAUUUUAGGCCCGACUUCACUAAGCGGAGUGUAAUGCAAAGAAAAGGCAAAAAUAUGGAGGAAAAAAAAACAACAAAAACAAAUAAAACCUUUUUGAAUGUCGAGACUGAACUUCUCUCUGUUUGAAAUUCUACGGCUUGAAAAGUGUCACGCUGGUUUCACCACUCUCUUCUCUCAUGUUGGGAUUUAGAGUAUAUCUGGGAAGUGUUCUGAGCUCCUCCCUUUCUCCAGUUUUCAUAUAAAUCCCAUUCUGUAAGCAUUCAAUCAUUUUAAUAAAAAAAGUUGUUGUUUUUUUGUCUCUGAUAUUAAAUCGGACUACACUUUUCCUGUUUCAAAAUGAUUAAAGGUUUUUUUUUGUUUUUUUUUGUUAUUUCAGGUUUACAAGUUCACAUACACAAAGGUUGCUUCUCAAUAAUUUGAAAAAGUUCAGAUGAUGAGCUUGUGGCCUUGUAAGCUUCAGACGCCUCACAUGAGUUACACAGAGCAACAUUCGCGGACAUAAUUUGAGACUACAUCUCAAACACAUUGCUUCCUUGUGCAGUGUUGUUUCUCUCUGACAGGAAUGUGUUUUGAUGCCAAGUAUUUAAAUCAAUUAUGGAACAAAAGUUAAAGACUUUGUGAAAGUGGUAAGGGCGUCGUUCGCCACCGAAAAACCGUUCCAACUAGAUUCCACAGCCCACUGAUGGCAGCAUAACAAAGUGAAAGAGGAUUGAGAAUGACAGCAGCUCGGCAGCAACGUUAUCUAAAACCUCAGUUUUAACAGCGGAUGCUGGGUUGCGUUGUGUCCAGAGGUCGCCAACCUUCUGUAGCGUUAAAGCUACUGACUUCAUGUAACCUUCACAUGAGCUGAUGGCCUGAGAGUUGCGGUUUUCUGUGAAUGAACUGCUGUUUUCUAGCAGUCCGCAUGCAAGCCUGACAUCGUCAAGGUGUUGGAGGCAAGCACUAUUUCUCAACGCUGGUCCUCAGAGCCCACUGUACCUCAUGUUUAAUGUGUUUCCUUGCUACCACACACCUGACUUAAAUAAACUGGUGAUUAAAAGGCUCCUGCAUCAUUUGAUGGCGUACUGACAAGGAAAUACCUUGAGGACCAGGGUUGCGAAUCGUUGCUGUUGCUUCAUGAUCCUAACAACAUCGAACAAUUUCAUGACCCCCCAAGUUUGUGUGAACAGUUUAGGGAUGGUCGCCUUCCUGUUCCUACAUCCAUAAGACAUGGAUGACAACUGAAUAGAGCUCUGAACUGAAGCCAAUAGCGUGGAUCUCAUCCCACAACAUUGUCUGACCUCACAAAUGUGUUUCCAAAAGACUGGUCAAAAAUGUCCAUAAAAACUCUGCUAGACCUUUUGGAAAGCCUUUAACGAAGACUUCAAACUGUCAGGAAGCAGCUGAGUGACUUGUUUUGGUAAUAUACUGUAAUGUACCGCUCUCUAUAUUAAGGAUGUAAUUUAUAACAGCAGGCAGUCAUUCACAAACCCAUCUGCAAUGCCAACGUCUGACCACUAGAGGGCGUAAAGAAAUCUGAAUCUUCAGAGGAACACAAUGCCAUUUUAAUAAACCAGACAAAAGAAGAUGCUGUGCUACAAAUAGAUUACUCUGAGAAAUUAAUUGCUUCAUGAAUUCAGCAAAUAUUUUUUGUGAGAAUAAUUUACUGUCAACGAGUUUAAAUAUCUUUAUAUUCAGUUCUAAAGUUUUCCAGACACAAGCAAUGGGAAGAAAAAAUCUAAACUGUGACGAAUAGGUGUGUUUCGAUCUCACUCGAAUAAAACUCGACGCUUCAUAACAUUUAAAGUACCUUUCGAAUUAUGGUGUGAAGAAAAAUAAUAAUGGCCAAUCGUAAAUCAGAACAGUAAGUUUUAUUUAUUGGUUCCAGCUGCACUGUAUGCUAUAUGUUCACCUUAUACAAGAAACAAAUACAAAUACUCACACUAAAAACCAAACAAUCUGCUAGCAGCCAUGUCUUGCUAAAGUCCUGGUGUUGAGGAGAUGGAUGGAUGGAUGGAUGGAUGGAUGGAUGGAUAGAUGGAUGUGGCCGCUGCUUGUUCACAGAGCCUCCGGGAACCCCAUCUGGCUCUCGUCACAGCGGGGAAAACAAAGGAGGAACUCUGAGAGGGAGCGAGCGAGGGCGAGGUCGGCCACGUCAGGCUACAUUUAUAUGAACACGUAACAAGGCAAUACAAAUCUAACAGGAGUGAAAACCUUCCAACAUCAAAAAAGAAAAAAAAAUGUACAUUUGAUUUAUAUAUA